GCUCAAGGGCUUGACCUGUCCGGCCCAGUUAAUUUUCAAGUAUGUGUGUUGGGUGUUGUUGUUGUUUUAAGGCUUAUAUUUGACUGUACGAACUUGUGAUGAGUUUUUUUUCAUUCAUUAUGGUAAUAUGUUUGUGUUUGCGCAGGUUAAAGUAGACCGACUUAGGUCAUUUGAAUCUGAACGUGAAAUGAUGGGUGCAGAUGUUGUUGUGUUUGAAAAUGUUCAGUCAUAUGUGGUUGAUUGUGUUGGAGGUGAUGAUGCUUUUGUGGAUGAACUUAAAGGUGAUGGCAGACACACUGAGGCUGCGAUUCAUACAGACAAUGUGGAGUUUGGAUUUGGCGAUGUACGUAAGGAAUGCAGUUCGUGGGAAGGGCACAAACCAGAAAUGACAGUGGGGGGCAAGGGAACAGACGCGUUGCAUGGUUCCACAUCUGGGAAGGACAAUGAGGGGGUGAAUGACAGCAAAGUGAAUGAAUAUGGUAGUGCAAUUGCAAUACUAGAAUUGGAGAAUAAAAGAAAAGAUGAAAUGAUUGCAUUGCUUGAGGAAGAAGUUGCUGGUCUGAAAAGGAAACUGGAGGCGCAAGCUGUGAACAUUGUAGGGGGGUUUGAGUGUGUGUUGGGAAUUAAGAAUGAAGAGGUGGACAAGUUAAAGAAAGAAAAUAUCGAAUUGCGGAGGAGUGUAUUGGUGCUUGAGGAUCAACUCGCUGAUCGUGAUGUGCAUGUGGUGACGCAAGCUUUCAACGAUGUGGAGGUGUGGGGUGACGGCGUUGGUGGUAGUGUUGCGAGGGUUAGGGUUGGAGGUCAAGUUGUGUACGAUGUGUCGCCGAUUAGAGCUGGUAUGGGGGGUGCGAAUAUGUGUAGCGAGGCUGUGGGUCCGAAUGUUGGAUGCGUAGUUGUCGAUUCUGAUGGUGAGCAAUGUGGGAGAAAUGUUGAUGGCAUUGUGAAUGUGGAUCUGUCUGAUGCGGAUAGGGGGGUAAUUGUUUCUGGGGGGCAAACAUUUUUUGUUCGUAACAUUAAAAAGAAAGUUAGACAGGAACGGAAAUUGCCGGAUUUCGAGUACCCCAUCUUACAUGGGCGUAGUAAGAAGUCAGUCGCAGACAGUUAUCGUGUGGUGCGAGAUGAUGAUUGUGUUAAGAGUGACGGAGUUGUUGAUGUGGACGCUGUGGUCGUAAAGGGCAAUAAGUGGUCCGAGUUUGAUAAAAACAACAGGUUGGGGGUGUGGAAAAUGAUGACAGUGGAAGAAAAGUGUAGAAUCAAGCAAGGUUAUGAUAGGCACGGUGAUCGGUACGUAUGUUUUUUUUUAGAUUUGUUAGAACUUGUUGUCAUGUAAUUUUUUUUGGGAACUGAUAAUUGUUGGUGUGUUUAGGGCGGUCAUGUGGGAGGAUGGUGAAGUUGGUGUGGUGGUGGACUUUAGUGAUGUGAAGAACCUCAUACGACAAAGUAGCAUUUGUGGAAAUGUGAGACUGCAUUUUUUUUGAAGAAUCAAUGUUUUCCGUUCACAUGUGGGUAAUGAACUCAUAUGGGGCAACAUACGAAGCAUAGGUGUUAUGCGGAUAGAAGAUUUUUUUUUUUUUUUUGUGGGCAGGUGAUUGAUGCUUUUGUUGAGUUGUUUAAAAGUGAGCAUCUGAGGAUGUAUGGCGAUGACGAGUUGGCGGAUAAGUCUUAUUUUUUUAGUAGUGUGUGUUUGGUGAGUUGUGAUAUUAUGAAGUGCACCGUGUUUGUGUUGUGUGACUGUGUGGUGUGUUGAUGGUUUCUAUGUUUUGUAGGAUAUGGUGAAAAACGAUGAUGUACGUGCUAUGAAGAAGUUUGUUCGUACAAAUGUGUCUACUGCGAGUGAUUGUCGGUUCAUCCACUUCCCAAUGUGUCGCGAUGGACAUUGGACGCUUGUGGUGUAUGAUACGAAAGAUGGGACUUGGAAACAUUACAAUCCGAUGAGGCAGCGUGGAGACAGAACUGAUGUACAUCACAAUGUGGCGACACUGCUGAAAGAACGUGUGACUAAUGUGAUGAAGUAGACUCUGCUUGAAUUUGGGUUAGAUGAGCAAAGCAUACUGGCGAAUUUCAGCAGCUCGCUGGAAGCUGUGAUCAAGUGUCCACAGCAAAAACCUGGGACGUAAGUUAAUUGUGUUUGCGUUUCGUUUGGGGUGGCUGUAAUGCGUAAGGUUGUGGGUACCGCGGGUUUGGCUGCUGACAUGUAAUUUUUUUUGUUUUUGUAGGCUCGA